GUCCGUUGCGGUUUACACGCAAAACUGGUUGAGAAGACAGUGUGGCCACCACCACUGUCAAAAACCAAAUGGAGCAGAGCCAGAGGGCGGCGUCAAGGGCUUCUUUCCAGUUUCAUCCCGCCAAACCAUCCAUUCUCGAUCUCUUCAACCGCUACUUAGGAAGAAGUGGCCGCCAGAAACCCGAAGAUUCAGUCCGUGAAACUCCGAACAAAACACAGAAGCGUAUAACUGCUCUUAACAGAGAGCUUCCUCCUCGGAAUGAGCAAUUUCUUUUAGAUUUUGAACAGCUCCAGAGUCAGUUUCCUGACCAGGAGCAAUUGCGUGCUGUGACUGAGUCCGUGCUUAUUUCUCUGGUUAUUCAGUGUAGCAGUCAUGCACCCCGGGCGGAAUUCCUACUUUUUGCUUUACGUAGUUUGUGCAGUAUAAGUUUCAUACACUGGGAUACAUUCUUGCCUUCCCUUCUUUCUUCAGUUUCCUCUGCAGAGACGUCAAUUGGUCAAGGGAGUCAGUCCGUGGCUGCUGUAUCUUCUACAAGUUUAUUACAGUCUGGCAUGUUACAAUCCUCAAGCGCAAUACCCAGUUCCUCAAAUUUUCAGUCUUCGAAUCCUGCGUCUCCUUUGCCUUCAAUUCAUGGUAUCGGAUCGCCUGCUCAGUCUGCCAAUGAACCAUCAUCUUCUGCAACUUUAUCACCAAUGAAAUCGUCUGAUGUCACCUGCGUUGGACAACAAUCCACAACCAGGGCCAAUUUAUCGAUGAGAGAUAAUGCUCUAAGUAGCUUACGUCAGUUAUGCUGCAAGAUUAUCUUAACUGGUCUCCAGUCGAAUUUAAAGCCAGUAACUCAUGCUGACAUUUUCCACCACGUGCUGAAUUGGCUGGUUAAUUGGGACCAAAGACAACAUGGGGUAGACGAAUUUGAUGGUGCAAAAUCCUGGAAACCUGAUAAAGGCCUCAUUGAAUGGUUGCACAUUUGUUUGGAUGUGAUCUGGGUUUUGGUUGAGGAUGAUAAAUGUCGUGUUCCUUUUUAUGAACUGUUGCGGAGUGGCUUGCAGUUUAUAGAAAAUAUUCCAGACGACGAAGCAUUAUUUACGCUUAUUUUGGAGAUCCAUAGGAGGCGUGAUAUGAUGGCUAUGCACAUGCAGAUGUUAGAUCAACACCUUCACUGCCCUACUUUUGGAACUCAACGGCCCUUGUAUCACGCUACUCCUAAUGUAUCAGGUGAACCAGUGACAAAUAUGAGACAUGCGCCAAUCACAUACCCAAGUGUCCUCGGAGAACCUUUGCAUGGAGAGGAUCUUGCAGCUUCUAUUCAAAGGGGAAGUUUAGACUGGGAGAGAGCUUUGCGAUGUAUCAGGCAUGCUCUUCGUACUACUCCCUCAUCCGACUGGUGGAAACGGGUGCUUAUUGUGGCCCCUUGCUAUAGGAAUCAUGUCCAAGGACCUACUCCUGGUGCUGUUUUUACUUCUGAAAUGAUUUGUGAGGCAACAAUUGAUAGAAUUGUUGAGUUAUUGAGGUUGACAAAUUCAGAGGUAAAUUGCUGGCAAGAGUGGCUUGUCUUUUCAGACGUAUUCUUUUUUCUCAUGAAGAAUGGGUGCAUUGAUUUUGUUGAUUUUGUGGACAAGCUAGUUUUACGCUUUGCAGAGGGUGACCAAAAUAUUCUCAGGACAAAUCAUGUGACGUGGUUGCUUGCACAAAUUAUAAGGGUUGAGCUGGUGAUGAAUGCUUUAAAUUCAGACUCAAGAAAGGUGGAAACAACCAGAAAGAUCCUUUCAUUUCAUAAAGAAGAUAGAACCUCCGAUCCUAAUAAUCCCCAAAGUAUCCUGCUUGAUUUCAUAAGCAGUUGUCAAAACUUACGCAUUUGGUCAUUGAACACAUCAACCAGGGAAUAUUUGAACAAUGAGCAGCUUCAGAAAGGAAAGCAAAUAGAUGAGUGGUGGCGACAAGUAAGCAAAGGGGAUCGCAUUAUGGAUUACAUGACACUGGAUGACAGAUCUAUUGGAAUGUUUUGGGUUGUUUCUUAUACCAUGGCACAGCCUGCUUGUGAAACAGUGAUGACUUGGUUGACCUCAGCUGGUCUUACUGAAUUGUUACCUGGAUCAAACUUACAGUCCAAUGACAGACUAAUGGUUAUGCGAGAAGUUUGUCCAUUGCCAGUUUCGUUAUUGUCAGGGUUUUCUAUCAACUUGCUUAUGAAACUGGCUUUUCAGAUGGAAGACUCAAUGUUUUCCGGGCAGGUUGUGCCUAGCAUUGCAAUGAUUGAGACAUAUGUUAGAAUGCUUCUCCUCGCACCUCAUGCAUUGUUCCGGUCACAUUUAAGUCAUCUGUCACAAAGGAAUCCAGCGCUUUUGAACAGGCCUGGAGCUUCUCUUUUGGUGCUUGAAAUUCUGAACUACCGUUUGCUUUCACUCUACAGGUACCAAGGGAAAAGCAAGAACUUGAUGUAUGAUAUAACGAAAAUAAUUUCUACCCUGAAAGGGAAACGUGGAGACCAUCGCAUUUUGAGACUGGCUGAAAACUUGUGCAUGAAUCUUAUAUUUUCAUUGAGAGAGUUUUUUUUUGCGAAGAAGGAAGGGAAGGGCCCUACUGAAUUUACAGAAACACUGAAUCGUAUUACCAUAACAACGCUUGCCAUCAUCAUUAAGACACGUGGGAUUGCUGAGGCUGAACAGGUACUCUAUCUUCCAACCAUGGUGGAACAAAUAUUAGCAACCAGUCAGCAUACAUGGUCAGAAAAGACUCUACGCUACUUCCCUCCUAUUCUACGGGAUGCCCUGAGUGGACGGAUAGACAAGAGAGGGCUUGCAAUCCAAACAUGGCAGCAGGCAGAAACUACUGUGAUUCACCAGUGCACUCAGCUUCUUUCACCAUCUGCUGAUCCUUCAUAUGUUGUGACUUACAUCAGUCACAGUUUUCCUCAACAUCGGAAGUACCUUUGUGCUGGCGCAUGGAUACUUAUGCAUGGUCAUCCUGAGAACAUUAAUAAUGCAAACCUUGGGCGUGUCUUAAGAGAAUUUUCCCCUGAAGAAGUGACAGAUAACAUAUAUACAAUGGUUGAUGUCCUUCUUCAUCACAUUCAGUUGGAGCUACAGCAUGGGCAUUCAUUGCAGGAGCUCAUAACAAAAGCUUCUACAAACCUUGCAUAUUUUAUUUGGACUAAUGAGCUGCUUCCCUUGGAUAUUUUGCUUCUUGCACUUAUUGACCGGGAUGAUGACCCCCAUGCUUUGCGCAUUGCGAUCAAUCUACUUGAGAGGCAAGAGCUUCAACAACGAGUCAAAUUUUACCUUAAUCGCGGUCCACCUGAGCACUGGCUUUUCUCUGGCAUGUUCAAGCGUGUUGAGCUGCAAAAGGCUCUUGGAAAUCACCUCUCUUGGAAGGAAAGGUAUCCUGUAUUCUUUGACGAUAUCGUAGCGCGUUUGCUUCCGGUUAUCCCAGUAAUCAUCUACAGGCUUAUUGAAAAUGACGCCACAGACUUCGCUGACAGAGUACUACUGUUGUAUUCUACAUUUCUUCACCACUAUCCUCUAAAUUUUACAUUUGUGCGCGAUAUUCUUGCAUAUUUCUACGGUCAUCUCCCAGGAAAGCUGAUUCUCCGAUUGCUAAAUGUACUGGAUCUUAAAAAGAUCCCAUUUUCUGAGUCAUUUCCUCAGCACAUUAACACAUCAAAUGCUGCCAUUUGCCCACCAUUGGACUACUUUGCAACACUUUUAUUAGGACUUGUCAAUAAUGUUAUUCCUCCUAUAUAUAAUAGCUCAAAAUCUGGCUCACUGGGGGAGGCAUCAAGUAAUUCCCUCCGUGCACACAAUAAGACAUCGGCGAGUUCUCUGGCCGGAUCCACAAAUGUUUCUGAAGGCCAGAGAGCAUUCUAUCAAAUCCAAGAUCCAGGCACACAUACUCAGCUGAUCCUUGAAACAGCAGUCAUAGAAAUACUGUCCCUUCCUAUAACUGCUUCUCAGAUUGUAUCAUCACUAGUUCAAAUCGUUGUGCAUAUACAACCAACCCUUAUCCAAUCUAGCAAUGGUCUUCAUGGUGCUCCUAAUGGUGUUGGUCAAGGUUCUGUUUUACCCACUUCCCCUUCCGGCGGCAGCACUGAUUCCAUGGGUGCGAGUAGAUCCACUCCUUCAAUCUCCGGAAUAAACACCUCUAACUUUGUUUCCCGAAGUGGCUAUACCUGCCAGCAGUUAUCUUGUUUGCUCAUCCAAUCUUGCGGUCUUCUGUUGGCUCAGCUCCCAAUGGAUUUUCACGUACAACUCUAUAUGGAGGCAUCACGAAUAAUAAAAGAGAGUUGGUGGCUCACUGAUGGUAAAAGGUCACUUGGAGAACUAGAUUCUGCCGUUGGCUAUGCUUUGCUUGACCCAACAUGGGCUGCCCAAGACAAUACGUCAACUGCCAUUGGUAAUAUUGUGGCCCUGCUGCACUCUUUCUUUAGUAAUCUUCCACAAGAAUGGCUAGAUGGAACACAUCUCAUCAUUAAGCAUCUCAGGCCAGUAACAUCAGUUGCUGUGUUGAGAAUUGCAUUCCGUGUUAUUGGUCCGUUGCUCCCAAGAUUGGCCAAUGCACAUGCUCUUUUCAGUAAGAUGCUGUCACUCCUUUUAAGUAUAAUGGUCGAUGUGUUUGGGAAGAACUCAACUCCAUCAACUCCUGUUGAAGCAGCUGAUAUCGCUGAUCUCAUUGACUUCCUCCACCAUAUUGUCCAUUACGAAGGGCAAGGAGGACCAGUGCAGACUAACAGCAAACCGAGACCCGAAAUUUUGGCACUUUGUGGAAGAGCAUUGGAGAACUUGCGGCCAGAUGUGCAGCAUCUUCUUUCCCAUCUAAAAACUGAUACAAACUCUUCCAUUUAUGCUGCUACUCACCUAAAGCAGGUUCAGAAUCCUUCGUAGAAGAUGAGGCUUACAAAUUCACCGAAUGUUCUUCCUGUGGCUCUUUGCUAGGUUUCCGAAGGUUCUUUGUAUUGCUGCUGUAGUGUUGUCUGUGUUGUUUUCAAUUUUUGUAUGUGUAUUUGCUGAUCACUGUUGUAUUUGUAUCUUUUCAUUUACAUGUAUAAUAUGAAGUUCUCUUUUUCCUCCCCAAAAGAGGAAAGGUUCGCUGUUGUUUGUAAAUAUUGACGACAGGAGAACAAGAACUUGCUAUUGUUUGUAUUGUUAUCAUAGAAACGGAUGUUGUUAGAACAUGUACAAAUUAGAUGUGAAACUUAAGAUAGCAGUGAGUAAUUUAAGGCUAAAUGUGUUGUGUACUUUUUAAUGUUAUGUUUUUUAAAAGAUUGUAAGUUCCAAAGUGAA